UCCGAGGCCUGCGCGUGGGCCCGGACGGUCGCUUCUGUGGCUGUUUUCCGAUAGUUUGGGGUGGGGUGGCUUGGCCCGGUUCGCGAAGCUUGCGGACGCGCCCUGGCGGCCCCGCCACACCGCCGGAGUCCAACUCCAAGCGGCGAAGGCACUUUGAGGGAAUGGCGUCCUCGGAGGGAGACUUUUGUCACGCCUGAGGCGGGCCUGAGAUGUCUCACCUUAGUGCUCACCUGGACCUCGCUCCUUUUACAGAAGGUGAUUCUGGGCUGGCCUGUGACUUGCUCUGACCAGUGGAAUGUGCUGGAAGUGAUGCUAUGCCCUUGGGAGGCUGCGCUGUGCCGUAAAGGAGCUCAGGCUAGAUUACUGGCUGAUGAGAGGCCACGCAGAGAGGGAGAGGCCAGGAGGAGGAACCUGAGGUGCCAGAGGUGAAUGAAGCCUUCCCACCCAGCCCACCUACUGUUGGAAUGCAGUCUCCAGAACAAGCUACAAUCUCAGAGGAGGAGAAACCACAGUGAAGGAGGGACUAAAGGCAGCUGCGUCGGAACCUGGAAGGUUCCAUAGGUCAGAAGCCUGAGAUGAGUCUCACUGGGCUUAAAUCAAGGAUUGAUGUCAGCGGAGCUGCAUUCCUUGCGGGAGGCUCUGGGGAGAAAUCAUUCUCUUUUCCAGCUUCUAGAAGCUGUCUACACUCCUUGGUCAUGGUCCCCUUCCAUCUUCAAAGCCAGCAAGUCUUUCUGACAUCUCAUUACUGUGACAUUGACUCUCCUGCCUCCCUCUUUCACAUCCCUGAUAUUGCAGAGCCUGAGGAAGGCCGACUCACCACCAUCUUAUUUUACUGAGGAAGGAACCAAGGCCUAGAGGGACAUCAGUGUGUCCAGGUGUCAAAACUAACGGAUGGCAGUGAGAGACAAGAGCCUCACCUCCCUUCUAACCUAGGCCUCAUCCCAUGGGCCUUCCCUCCUUUUGAAGAAUGGCUCCUUCUUGGCAGAGGCUGGGUUUAUAUGCCUCUCUUCUGAAAAGGCAGCUACGUGAUGGUCCAGAUGUCAUCAAAUGGGGAAGGAGAGUGAUUCCAGGAUGUUCCAGAGGUAUUUACAGUGCCACGGGAAAGUGGACCAAAGAGUAUACGCUGCAGACAAGAAAGGAUGUGGAGAAAUGGUGGCAUCAACGAAUAAAAGAACAGGCCUCCAAAAUUUCAGAAGCUGAUAAAUCAAAGCCCAAGUUUUACGUGCUUUCCAUGUUCCCUUAUCCUUCCGGCAAGCUGCACAUGGGCCACGUGCGUGUGUACACCAUCAGCGACACCAUUGCACGCUUCCAGAAGAUGAGAGGGAUGCAGGUUAUCAAUCCCAUGGGAUGGGAUGCAUUUGGAUUGCCUGCCGAAAAUGCUGCGAUCGAGAGGAAUCUACAUCCAGAAAGUUGGACACAGAGUAAUAUUAGACACAUGAGGAAACAACUUGAUCGACUGGGCCUGUGUUUCAGCUGGGAUAGAGAAAUAACCACGUGUUUACCAGAUUACUACAAAUGGACUCAGUAUCUCUUUAUUAAACUCUAUGAAGCUGGACUGGCCUAUCAAAAAGAGGCCUUGGUUAACUGGGACCCAGUGGAUCAAACAGUGCUUGCCAAUGAGCAGGUGGAUGAACAUGGCUGUUCGUGGCGUUCUGGAGCGAAGGUGGAACAGAAGUACCUCAGACAGUGGUUUAUUAAGACAACUGCUUAUGCAAAGCCCAUGCAGGACGCGCUGGCAGACCUUCCGGAAUGGUACGGAAUAAAAGGCAUGCAGGCCCACUGGAUCGGGGACUGUGUGGGCUGCCAUUUGGACUUCACAUUAAAGGUUGAUGGGCAAGUCACAGGAGAAAAGCUGAGCGCCUACACGGCCACCCCCGAGGCCAUUUACGGCACCGCCCACGUGGCCAUCUCUCCCAGCCACAGACUCUUACAUGGGCACAGCUCUCUGAAGGAAGCCUUUCGGAAGGCUCUCAUCCCUGGCAAAGAUUGCCUCACGCCCGUGACAGCUGUGAACAUGCUCACCCAGCAGGAAGUCCCUGUUGUCAUCUUGGCCAAAGCUGACUUUGAGGGCUCUCUGGAUGCAAAAAUAGGAAUUCCCAGCACCAGCUUAGAGGACACUGUCUUAGCCCAAACCCUGGGCCUGUCGUACUCUGAAGUCAUUGAAACCAUGCCAGAUGGCACGGAGAGACUGAGCAGCUCUGCGGAGUUCACAGGUAUGAACCGGCCGGAUGCAUUUCUAGCCCUGACUCAGAAAGCCCGGAGGAAGAGAGUGGGCGGAGAGGUGACAAGUGAUAAACUGAAGGACUGGCUGAUCUCUCGGCAGCGGUACUGGGGCACGCCCAUCCCCAUGGUCCACUGCCCGGCCUGCGGUCUUGUGCCCGUGCCUCUGGAGGACUUGCCUGUGACCUUGCCCAGCAUCACCUCUUUCACUGGCAAGGGAGGCUCCCCACUGGCCUCGGCUUCGGAGUGGGUGAAUUGCUCCUGCCCUAGGUGCAAGGGAGCAGCCACGAGAGAGACAGAUACGAUGGAUACCUUUGUUGAUUCUGCUUGGUACUACUUCAGAUAUACCGACCCUCAGAAUACUCAGAGCCCUUUCAGCACAGCGUUGGCAGAUUACUGGAUGCCUGUGGAUUUGUACAUUGGAGGGAAAGAACAUGCUGUCAUGCACUUGUUCUAUGCAAGAUUCUUUAGUCAUUUUUGCCAUGAUCAAAAAAUGGUCAAGCACAGAGAGCCUUUUCAUAAACUGCUGGCCCAAGGCCUUGUCAAGGGGCAGACGUUCCGCCUACCAUCUGGACAGUAUCUACAGCGAGAGGAAGUAGAUCUCACAGGUUCUGUUCCUGUUCAUGCAAACACGAGGGAGAAGUUAGAGGUGACUUGGGAGAAGAUGAGCAAAUCCAAGCACAAUGGCGUGGACCCCGAGGCCGUUGUGGAGCAGUACGGCAUUGACACCAUCCGGCUCUACAUCCUUUUCGCCGCCCCUCCUGAGAAGGAUAUCUUGUGGGAUGUAAAAACCGACGCUCUCCCUGGGGUGCUGAGAUGGCAGCAGCGUCUCUGGUCCUUGGCAACUCGAUUUAUCGAGGCCAGGGUUUCUGGGAAGGUUCCCAGGCCUCAGCUGUUGAGUAACGAGGAGAAAGCCGAGGGCAGGAAGCUGUGGGAGUACAAGAACUCCAUCAUCUCUCAGGUGACUGCCCAUUUCACAGAGGACUUCUCACUGAAUUCUGCGAUUUCUCAACUGAUGGGACUCAGCAGUGCCCUCUCGCAAGCUUCUCAGAGAGUUGUUCUCCACAGCCCUGAGUUUGAGGAUGCUCUCUGCGCCCUGAUGGUGAUGGCUGCUCCCAUGGCCCCUCACAUAACCUCGGAGCUCUGGGCAGGCCUGGCGCUGGUGCCAAGGAAGCUGUGUACUCACUACGCCUGGGACACCAGUGUGCUGCUUCAAGCCUGGCCAGCUGUGGACCCGCAGUUCCUCCAGCAGCCCGAUGUCGUACAGAUGGCGGUUCUGAUCAACAACAAAGCCUGCGGCAAAAUCCCUGUGCCCCAACAAGUUGCCCAGGACCAGGACAAAGUCCACGAACUGGUUCUCCAAAGUGAACUGGGUGUCAGGCUCUUACAGGGGCGAAGCAUCAAGAAGGCCUUCCUCUCCCCGCGAACCGCCCUCAUCAACUUCCUGGUACAGGAGUGACUGCAGGGAUGCUGCGGCUACCACGAGGGCUUGAGGCACCUCCUCCAGGGUGUAAAAUUUGCUGUGAAGUGAAGCGGAACGGAGCUGGUUCCAGCCUCGGAUGGAACCAAUCUCGGAGCCCGCUGCAGCUCAACAGGGAGUCUGCUCAUGUGCGCCGCAGAUGGUGAUGCCGCCAUGGAUGUGGCCCGCAGAGCCAGUCAUAAGGAAGAGCAAGUCCACCGCAGGGGGUGGGACUGAUGCCACCCAGGCAUCUCCUCCUGUGCUUGAGCCACUGCAGUUGGCUGCCAGGGAGACCCUGUGUCAUUGUAUAUUAGGGUGAUCCUGGGUUUCUGUGAAGUCAGCUAUCAGGUGCUCUUACCAGAACUGGCCUAAGCCACUGAUUACUAUUUGAUAGGGGAAGGAGGAGGAGAAUCUAGGGAGGAGGAGAAUCUAGCCAUUUUGUGACACUGAAAAUCUGUAUUCAUUCUCUGAUGCCUUUUUCUGAAGUAGCCUCAGAUGUGGUCCCCUGCACUUCAGCAGUUAACAGAUGACUUUUUUUAAUGGAAUAAAAUGUUUGUCAUGUA